GGAAAAGGCCGAGAAACGAGAGCUACGAGAGGCGGAAGAAAUUAGUUCUGCGGAGAAAGCGAAGGUUGUCGCACGACAACAAGCGGCCAAAGAAGCCGAGGAAGAGGCGCUGCGGAUGCAUUUCGCCACAAAAGACGGUGUGUUCAUUCGACGAGGAGUACCUUAA